AUGCAGAGUCUGAGGCCUGAGCAGCUGCGGGGGAUGAUGCAGCCCGAGAUGACCCAGCUGCUGGUGCCCUACGAGAGCAGGACCUGGGACCGGCGCGCCGCCUUCCUCCAGGACUGGGUGGCGGUGAGGGUGCCCGCCGGUGCCGGUGACCAGAAAGACAUGUCUUCUCAAGAGACCAGGCUCCCCCAGGAGUGGAAAGCAGUGGAAGAGGAGUCGGAGGAACCCCGGGGCGCCGUGGAGUGGCCGAGACCCCCCCAGCAAACGACCUUACUCCUGAUCGUGUGCGGGCUCUUCCUGUUCCUGGUGCUAACCGGGAUGCCCGCGGUGUUCUACAUCUGAGCCCGUG